AUGCUUCAAAUCCCCGAAGGCAUACAAUGGGGCUCUUAUAGUCUUGAUUUCCCGACACAUGGCAAUGAAGGCAUCGAAGAGCUUCGGAAGUUCAUGCGCGAGCUGGAUAAGAACGCAAAUUGGGCAGUAUCGAGAGCAGAUAUCAUUGGAAAGGCCAUGAGAGAGCUGAACCAGUCGAAGCGCCCACUUGAGAUGGUUGCUUUAGUCCCUUCAGUCUUUCCGACGUCGGAUGGAGAUGUCAUCCUUCUCGAAAACUCUCAAGCUCUGUCUCACUGGCUUGAUAGGAAAUUUGACCGGCCACUGCUCCAUAAAGCUAGAUCACCAGACACUUCACUCUGUGGUCGGAAACUGAACAUGGAUAUGUUCUGGGCUCAUCUACAAGAGCAACCAGGAAAGGCUAUUGAUGUUUAUGAUUACUCCGUGGUGGACCCAUCCUUAAGGACACGGACAAUGACAGUCCAGGAUAUAUUACAGCACUGGAAGCUUCCGGAGCGAGAUCGACAUGCUCUUAAUCUUCUGGAUAUUGAGAAUAGAAUUGGUGAUUUCUGCCCGACUGAAAUAAUUGCGUGUGACCUUUACGAGAAGCUCACGCGUAGGGCCCUGGAUAGUGUUGGCCGAACUGAUUCGGAUUGGAGGACCAGCCGACAAGAAUUCUUCAUCCUUAGCGGGAAAAAUGCCAUAUCCUCGAUUCAUGUGGACACUGGAGGCCAGCUGACCUGGAUCUUGAUACUCCAAGGCCGCAAAAUCUGGUACUUCCCUCGGAAACUUUCAUUCGGUGCAGUCCGACUACUGGCCGCUGCGGGCUCGCAGCAUACCGAAGGGUACGAGGACGGUUGGGCACGCGUGGAGCUAUGCCCCGGAGAUCUUUUCAUUAUGCCGCCUAGCUGCCCACAUGCCGUGUUCACCCCAGAGGAUUGCCUUGCUGUUGGUGGCCAUUUCUAUACACCUGCACAGCUUGCUUCAACACUAUAUGGUCUCAAGCUCCAAGAAGACUACCCAGAUAUAUGCAAUGAAGAUCUACACUCAGACAUCUAUAAUAUUCUGGAAAUGAUUAUCGGGAGGUUCGAUGCCGUUAGCACCCCUACGCAACAGGCUGAUGUUUUGUCGUCCUCUUCCCUCUUCCUUGACGACCUGGAUACCUUCUCUGUGGCUGCCUUAACCAAGGUAAUCAAAACUAAAGCUCUGUCUCGUGGAGCUAAUGAAAGCUUUUCCAGAGUCAUAAAGCAACUAGAAUUGAGGGCAAACAAUACCAGUUAUCUCAUGGCAGAACGUACUUCCUUUAUCAAGGCGCUGGGAUACCUGAGGCAGAAAAUCCUAAAGUCGGAAGCUGAGUGA